UUCAUUUGAACAAGCGAGGCAAUUGGCUGACCGCACCAGGAAGUAAAACUGUGCUGUCAUCUGACUGUGACGCAGGCGCAUCUGCUUUCCGAAAGUCAACAUCGACAGAUAAAGAAAGUGAUCAACAUGGUUCCUAGAGUUAGAACUCCCGGCGGUGCAGUGAUGGUGUUACUGCUGGUGUUUUCUUCCUUGAUCCCCGCAGCGGAGGCUUACGACGCGGGCGACGCACUGGCCCUGCUGCUCUGCACCAUCCUGACGGUGGUCGGGUUCUGCGCCUGCCUGGGUUGGUACGCGCGGAAGCGCAACGGGCCGCUCUGAGGAUCAAACAGCCUGAACUAAUCACACUAUGCUGCGUCAAACUUCCCAAUAGAUGAGGAGCUGGGAGAACCACGUGAAACCGAGGAGGGGAGGAGAGAAACAACCAGGAAGUGUGCAGACUGCAAAAUUGGGAUUAUGGCCCAGACUGUUUUAUACAAAAAGACUGCUGCCUGCUUUCCUUAAAACAAAGGACUGUUUGACGGAUUCCACUUACGUUGUCUAAAAUGAUCAUUUUUCUUACAUUUUGUGCUUUUACGUUGAACAUUUCAUUUGAAAGAUUUGAUUUACACCUUUUGUAAAGAAUAAACUUCCCUAAUCAAACUUCCAUGAAUGCUAAUUGUAUGUGUUCAUUCAAUCAUUUCUAUACAAAAUCCCCAACUUUCCCAUUUCCUGGAGAAAGGCUAUGUUUUUUGAGUGUUUAAGUUUUAUUUACAUGUUUUAAUGUCGAUGCAAAUGGCAUUUUAUUGGGGCAAGAUACAUAUUUUUGGGUUGAGGUUUUUCCCCAAUAUUGCUAGAAAAACAUGAUUUUAUUUUUUACUUGAUAUUUGAAGCAUAUUUAAUCAAAAAAUACAAACAGAG